AUGGCUGCUGACGGAAUAACCCCAAACGAAAUGACUUCCCUCACUGAUCGUCAUUCGGUACCUUACCGAUCGUCCUCUCGAAAACAUUGGUUUGAAGAAGAGCGACGGCAACUCCUCUUGCUGCUGACAGAGCCAGAGUCUUCGUGGGGAGCAUCCUUUUUCUUUGUUAUUCUGAUAGCGCUGAUCACAUUUUCCAAUGUUUUGAUGGUUAUUCAAACCAUGGAUUCCUGGCAGUUUGUCCCUACGGAUUGCGUCACCUGUGGUGGCAAUGUUUCCUACAUGUUUGAAGACGACGACCAAGUGGAGAUGGUCACUGUCGGCUUUUGCAUGUGCCCACCGGCGCCGCUCCCAAUCACCGAGACGUUUGUAAGGUACAUCAUGUUUUUCUUUACUGUUGAGUGGAUCUUGCGCGUCGUUUGCUUCACAUCGGAUCCGAAUGAGACCAAAUCGCACAUACGACAAUUGUAUGACUAUAUUACGUCGAUGUCAAUGAUGCUCGACUUUUGGGCCUGUUUUCCAUACUAUCUCGAAAGUAUCAAUAUACAGUCGCUGGUCAGCUUGAGAUUGCUGCGACUUCUCCGGGUUUUCAUGCUACUACGGUUGGGAAUGUAUAAUUCCAUGAUGAAAACACUCACCAACGUCCUCACCAAGGCUGUGGAGUACUUGAAGCUUCUUGUAUUAUUCCUCAUCUUCGGUGGCGUUCUCUUUGGAUCCGUUGUGUAUUGGGUGGAACGUGGGCACUGGAAGUACUUUGAACCUGCGGACAGUUAUCAGUUUGUUAGAACAGCUGUGGAUGGCGUGACGGAAGAAAUCAGUCCUUUUCGGUCCAUCCCCAAAGCGAUGUGGUGGUUUGUUGUGACCGCCACUACUGUCGGAUACGGCGACACUUAUCCUACCAGUACUGCUGGCCAGUGUUGUGCGGCACUAGCCAUGCUCACGGGUGUUCUUGUCAUUGCCUUCCCCGUGAGUAUCUUUUCCGAUUUAUGGCACGAAGAAAUGAAAAACAAACACGGAGGCAAAGACAGUUUUGAUGACGAUGGAAAUGAUUGGAAUCAGACGAUGGCACCAGCAUCAAAUGAUAGCUCCAAGGUGGUGAUGGACAAGAAAGACUUGAAAGCAAUUGCUGAGUGUUUUCGUGUCAUUCGGGAAAAGGAAGAUCGGCUGUCGACGAUACUUUCCAAGUACAAUAUGGAUGGAGAAAUGAAAGAAAUUCUCUAG